AUGGCUUACCAACUGUAUAGAAACACAAUCCAGGGAAAAGAAAGCCUGGAUGAGCUCAUUCAGCUUCAGCUUGCUGUCCUCCUAAAGUUUGACAAAACUAUCAGUGCUGCAUUGGCACAGCGGGUCAGAAAUAGAGACAAUUUCAGGGACUCUCUGAACGCGUCCAGGUUUUGCGACAAUGUUUGGACCUUUGUACUGAAUGAUGUGGAAUUCAGAGAAGCCACCGAGGUGGUGAAAGCAUAUGAAGUCAAAAUCAUAACCUCCGACGGGAAAAAUACAGGUUCCAAUGCUGUGGAAUGA